GGCAUUUUCGAAUUGGCGCGACCGGGCACACUGGAACCGAGAGCAAAGUAAAUUGCUGUGAUUGUGAUAUUUUAACAAAAAUCGAGCGUGGCGUGCGUGAAAUUCGUUUUGUAAAUAAUAUUCUAAGCCCUUUUCGCCCCCGUAGCGGCAUCGAACAAAUGUGCUAGUGAAAGGUGGCUGACGUAAAUAUUCCCUUUUAUAAACAAUUAAAAAUUAAACGCCUGAAGGAAACCAAUAUCAAUCAAACUGGAACCAAGCAAUAAAAACAAAUGCUUAGCAAGUCUUCGUGAAAAAUUAAAAAACUAAAAGCUGGAAAGCUGAGAAACAGAAAACAAAGAAAUUACCGUGAGACUUGGAAUUACAAAACACCAUGUAUCGCAUUAGUCCAAUUGGACGCAAAUCGAACUUCCAUUCGCGCGAGAAAUGUCUGAUUGGACUCGUGCUGGUAACCCUGUGCUUCCUCUGCUUCGGCGGCAUUUUUCUACUGCCGGAUAACUUCGGCAGCGACCGGGUCCUGCGGGUCUAUAAGCACUUCCAAAAGGCCGGACCAGAGAUCUUUAUACCAGCCCCACCCAUCGAGGGCCACGGCCAUGCUCCACAUCGCAGCGAGGAUCCCCACUUUAUUGGCGAUCGCCAGCGGCUCGAGCAGAAGAUCCGUGCAGAGCUUGGCGACAUACUGGACGAGCCACCAGCCGCUGGCGAGGCUCAGGCAGUGGCCCAAGCCCAAGCCCCGGCUCCGGUGGCCGCUCUCAUGGACCAACAGGAUCGGGAACAGGAACGGGAUGGCGGUGGCGAGGAUGGCCAGCAUGCGGCAAUACCCGUGCUAGCAGCACCCGUUCAGGGCGGUGACAGUGCAGUGGGAGGACCCAGUCAGCCAAUAGUGAAUGCCCAGAGCCCCGCCCAACCGGUGCACUUGCCGCUGGGAGGGGGUGGCAAUGAUCAGGCGCCAGAUUCGUUGGAUGCCACGCUGGAAGAGCGACGUCAGAAGGUCAAAGAGAUGAUGGAGCACGCCUGGCACAACUACAAACUGUACGCUUGGGGCAAAAACGAGCUGCGUCCCCUGUCGCAGCGUCCCCAUUCGGGCAGCAUCUUUGGCUCCUACGAUCUGGGCGCCACAAUUGUGGAUGGACUGGAUACCCUGUACAUCAUGGGCCUGGAGAAGGAAUAUCGCGAGGGUCGCGACUGGAUCGAACGGAAGUUCUCCCUGGACAACAUCAGUGCCGAGCUGAGUGUCUUUGAGACAAACAUUCGGUUUGUUGGCGGCAUGCUGACGCUGUAUGCCUUUACCGGUGAUCCGCUGUACAAGGAACGGGCCCAGCAUAUUGCCGACAAGCUGCUUCCAGCCUUCCAAACGCCCACGGGUAUACCAUAUGCCCUGGUCAACACCAAGACCGGCGUGGCCAAGAACUAUGGCUGGGCAUCCGGCGGCAGUUCGAUUCUCUCCGAGUUUGGAACCCUGCAUCUGGAGUUUGCCUAUCUGAGCGACAUAACUGGCAACCCGCUGUACCGGGAACGUGUCCAGACCAUUCGUCAAGUGCUCAAGGAGAUUGAGAAGCCAAAGGGCCUGUAUCCGAACUUCCUGAAUCCCAAGACGGGCAAAUGGGGGCAACUUCACAUGUCCCUGGGCGCCUUGGGCGACAGCUACUACGAGUACUUGCUGAAGGCCUGGCUGCAGUCGGGGCAAACGGACGAGGAGGCGCGCGAGAUGUUUGACGAGGCGAUGUUGGCCAUUCUGGACAAGAUGGUGCGCACCAGCCCCGGCGGACUGACCUAUGUCUCUGAUCUCAAGUUUGAUCGGUUGGAGCACAAAAUGGAUCAUUUGGCCUGCUUCUCGGGCGGCCUGUUUGCCUUGGGAGCUGCCACGAGGCAGAAUGAUUACACCGACAAGUACAUGGAGGUGGGCAAGGGCAUCACAAACACCUGCCACGAGAGUUAUAUACGAGCGCCCACACAACUGGGACCCGAGGCCUUCCGAUUCAGCGACGCUGUGGAGGCCCGAGCCUUGCGUUCGCAGGAAAAGUAUUAUAUCCUGCGGCCGGAGACCUUUGAGAGCUACUUUGUCCUGUGGCGCCUGACCCAUGACCAAAAGUAUCGCGACUGGGGCUGGGAGGCGGUCCUGGCCCUGGAGAAGCACUGCCGCACGGCCCAUGGCUAUUGCGGCCUGCGCAAUGUCUACCAGCAGGAGCCGCAAAAGGACGAUGUACAGCAAAGCUUCUUCCUGGCCGAAACGCUAAAGUACCUGUACUUGCUGUUCUCGGACGACUCGGUGCUGCCGCUGGAUGAGUGGGUAUUCAAUACGGAGGCUCAUCCCCUGCCCAUCAAGGGGGCGAAUGCGUACUACAGGCAGGCGCCCGUAACGCUACCAGCCUCCAAUGCCUCGUAAGCGGGCUCCGCUGGCCCGUCCAUAGCCCUGCAUCUUACUUAGCUCUCGAUAUUGGCAUACUUAAUGUGUGUGGGAGAUAGCAACCCCCCUAUCUACUUUUUUUUUUUUUUUGUAGUUUUCUAUAAGUUUUUAGGUAGCUUACACGUAAUCUCAGCGGGAAUCUUUCAAUGUAACAUAUUUAUAAAGCUUGCACAUACAAGUAUAUA